GCAAAUACAUGUUAGAACGCGCCAAUAGGAUCUCACUAGCUUGUCCUUGGCUCUGCCGACUAUGAUUAAUUUGCUCCCGUUGGAAACGACUGGCUCUCUAUCUUGGAUUAGUUCUCAAAAUCUUUGUUUUGGCCAUACCUGUUAUCGACAAGUGGAUCCACGGGCUAGCAACAAGAGCUGAUGUUUGCUACGAAUAUAUAAACACAGCUAGCUAGCUAAAUUACCACAUAUUACUCAUUUAUAAGGAUAGUUGAUCGGCACAUCAACAAAUAACUAUGGAUUCUGUCAACGCUUUCAACUUGGAGUUAUUCGCCAUGAUUGACAUGAAGCCUCCAAUAUCACGAGCAAAGAUGAUGUCAGUUACUAAAUCAGCAAUCAAGGCUAUCAAGCUAUACAAGCAUGUCGUCCAGAUUGUGGAGAAGUUUAUCAAGAAGUGUAAGCCAGAGCUGAAGGUUCCUGGCCUAUACGUGGUGGAUUCUAUAGUCCGACAGUCCCGACACCAGUUUGGAGUGGACAAGGACGUCUACGGACCCAGGUUCCAAAAGAACUUCACCCCGACCUUCCAGAACCUCUAUCUUUGUCCACACGAUGACAAGAGUAAGAUCAUCCGUGUUCUCAACCUGUGGCAGAAGAACGCUGUGUUUGAGAUGGAUGUCGUCCAGCCCCUGUUGGACAUGGCUACUGGCUCUUUCGACCUUGCUCCCUCCCCCCAGGAGGACCUCCAGGCCCAGCCCCCGGUCUCCAGUACCUCCAUAGCAGCAGCCCAGCCCCCAGUCUCCAUAGCAGCAGCCCAGCCCCAGCCCACAGUCUCCAUAGCAGCAGCCCAGCCCCCAGUCUCCAUCGCAGCAGCCCAGCCCACAUUCCCCAGUGCCUCUAUAGCAGCAGCCCAGCCCCCUGUCUCCAUAGCAGCAGCAGCCCAGCACCAGGCCCAGCCCCCUGUCUCCAUAGCAGCAGCAGCCCAGCACCAGGCCCAGCCCCUCAGCAGCAGCCCAGCACCAGGCCCAGCCCCUGUCUCCAUAGCAGCAGCCCUGCCCCCUGUCUCCAUAGCAGCAGCCCUGCCCCAGCUCCCACAACAGCUUCGUAACCCUGAGGCCCUGGCUGCCGUGGCCCAGCUCUUCCAGUCCGGACAGGGACACGAGCUUCAGAAGAUGCUUCUGAGGUUCCAGCCAGGGCAACAGAAUCCACCUAUGGUUCCCAACACCGUGUCUGACCAGACCCACUCACAGAUGGUCCAAGGCCAGCAUAACACACACCACACACAUCCUACAGAGCAGAAUAACUCACUAGCUAAGAAACUCCUGGACCGUUUUGAUUACGACGAUGAACCAGAAGAAGUGAAGAAAGAGGAGUUGGAUUCCCUUGUUCCAGGAAACGUUUACGGUGGCCAGUUUGCUGGUCAAACGCCGCCCAACAUGGAGCAGCAAUUUCAGGGCCAUAUGAUGGGCCAGCCUGGGAGGCAGCAAACACCUGGUGGAGGAUACCCUGGUCUGAACAAGGGCUACAACCAAAGCCAGCACACUGCCCAGCAGAACCAGGACCAGGGAAACCACAGAGAAAGGGAAGAUCCGUCUGGGAGGAGGGAUAGUAGGGAGGGGAGGCAGCGCGGCCACAGCAGGAGGUCACGCUCCCGGUCUGGCUCUCGAUCUCCCAGGAGAAAGAGGUCCAGCUCUCGCUCGCGGAAGCCCCGACACUCCUCCCAACGGUCCGGGUCUCGUUCCAGGGAAAGUCGCUGGAACUCCCCUCGCUCCCGCUCGCAGGAGAGGAAGGAGAGAGAGAAGGACAAAGACCGUAGACAGAAAGGUCUGCCCAGCAUCAAGAGCCAGACACUCAGUGUUUGCACCACGACUCUGUGGGUGGGCCAGCUAGACAAGAAGACUUCUCAGCAGGACGUCAUGUGUUUACUAGAGGAGUUUGGGCAGAUAGACUCCAUUAAUAUGAUCCCUCCUCGUGGAUGUGCCUACAUAGUGAUGGUUCACAGGCAGGAUGCCUACAGAGCUCUACACAAACUCGGCAGAGGAUCCUUCAAGGUUAACCAGAAGGCCAUCAAGAUUGCGUGGGCCUUGAACAAGGGUAUAAAGGCGACCCAUAAGAAGUUCUGGGACGUGGAGCGAGGUGCCACCUACAUCCCCUGGAGCAAAGUGAAGAUGGAGGAGCUGGAGAGCUACAGAGAGGGAGGCAUGCUGGACGCAGACACACUCUGUCCAGAAUGGGGAGAUAACGUGAAGGAGCUGACUAAACCAGGAGGACUGAACAAUGGAGGAGCGGACGCCAUGGAGACGGAGGGAGCUGCCACCGCCCACGUACAGGUGCCUCCAGUCCAGCCAGUAGGGUCUAUGGGUGGUCUCCCUGGAUUCCCUGGCCCUCCCCCUCCCUCACCCCCGGUGGACCCCCUCUCUUCCUGCCCGCUGGCUUCAACCCCACACAUCCUCCAGGUUUCCCUCCUCCAGUAGUGGGUGGGCCAGGGAGCACCAAAUAUGACUCUGGAUCUAAAGACAAGGCUGGAGGGUGUGGUGGCCCCUCAGACACUCUAGACAGCCAGCUGGGAGCUCCAGGUCCAGGCGGACCAGGGGCCGUGAUGAGUCCUCCAGGCCCAGCAGUGUUACUGGGUCCCAGGCCGGCCAUGCUGCCCAUGCAGCCUCGUCCGGGACUACCACCCCCUCACCUCCAGCCCCACUUCCCCCCUCACCUCCCUCCCCCCAACAUGCCCCCUAUGAUGAUGGGCCCCAGGGGCC